AGAUCGUUUGCAUCAUUUAACAUUUUGCUCCAUGUUCCCUGUACUAGUUACCACUUGCCAAUGUGUUUCAAUUUAUUUACAUAGAUACAGAAACUAGAAAGUAAACGUAAAUUUGGUCUUUUGAAAUAAAAGCGAUCUCAUUUUAAUAUUUACAUAUCUCGUACGUAAUAAAAUUAAGAAUAUAUACCUUGAUACAAAUAAAUAAGCAAUAGUUACGUUAAUCGAAACAAGUGCCUGAACGUAAAGAAUAAUUAUUCUUUUGUUAUUCUAUUUGAGAUAGGCUUUCUAUAAGAUUAAUUAAGUGUUACGCGUUUUAACUAGUAUUGCGAUGGUCCGAGCUGUUUUCUAGCAUCGUCCAGUGGUGUAAAACAAUUUGCAUGAGGUCUCGACGGCGCUGCGGUUACAUACGCAUGGAAGCCCGGCGGACUGCUGACCCCGCGCUGCACACGUUGCGCGCGCUGUUUCGCCGAGCGUUGCCGGAAUGGACCGCGCGCGCCUCUCGCCGUCGCCGGAUCGCGAGAAUCAUAGGCCGAUCCAAGGAGGAUCCAGCGGAACCAUCGACACGGCCAUUGCGCCCGCGGAGGCCUUAAACGACCCAGAGACUCCGCGGCCCGCGCCGCGCGCGUUGCCUUGUAUACCCGAGGGCGAGCCCUUGCUCCGCGACCCGCUCAGUGUCAGUGAAGUGCCGCGAAAAAAUGGACGAUUGCUCCAUGUCAAAUUCGAUACGCAGUCGCCGCCCGCGCCAGUGUCUCUUACCGGCUCAUCUUCUAGCUCAAGUUCGGAUGAUGAAGACGUCUCCAUCACUGAAGCGCGUCCGCCGGAUGGCGGCUGGGGAUGGGUCGUCGUGUUUGCCUCAUUCAUGGUUAAUCUCAUCGCUGACGGUAUUACGUUCAGUUUCGGUGUUUUCUUUCCAUAUUUUCUGGAAUACUUUGGCGAGGGCAAGGGAAAAACCGCAUGGAUCGGCGGAAUUUUCAUGGCGAUGCCGUUAUUAUCCGGCCCCAUUGCAAGUUUUCUGACGGAUAGAUAUGGUUGUCGACGCAUGACCAUUUUUGGAUCUAUUCUCGCUGCAAUAGGAUUUGUAAUCUCAGCAUUUGUAGACAAUAUGGAAACAUUAUUUUUGACCUUUGGUAUUAUGGCCGGCUUUGGAUUGAGUUUAUGUUACGUAGCGGCAGUAGUGAUAGUUGCAUACUAUUUUGAAAAGAAACGAUCUUUAGCUACCGGUAUAUCAGUGUGCGGUAGUGGGAUUGGUACUUUUAUAUUUGCCCCAUUAACAUACAUAUUACUCGAUGAGUAUGGUUGGCGGGGAACAACACUCAUACUUGCCGGAUUUUUCCUAAAUAUGGCGGUAUGCGGAUUGUUGUUCCGAGAUCUUCCGUGGACAGCAACAAUGAACGAAGAGAGAGCAAAAGAACGGAAAAGACGAAGAGAAAGAAAACGUAAUAAACGCUACGAAUCAUCUGCUGAUAGCUUGUCCGACAGUAAAAGUAGCGCAGCAGGAUCGAGCAAAAUAGGAGAUAAUCCAGAUAUUGAAGCUGUAACAGCCACGAUUGUACCACAAUUUAGUUCGCUGGUUGAUCUACCCACCUUUAUGACCGGCGAUGAAGGUGUUUCUUUGGAAAUAUUUGAAAUGAUGUCAAACCGCGGAAGAGCUUAUGCGAUUUUAGCCCAGAAUUACCCAGGCGUAAUGUUGCCGUCUAGAAGUUUUAGUGACAGUGGUCGUCUUAACGAACAAUAUCCGCCUAAAGCGGUUUUAUCGCCUGGUUGUACGUCACCGGGACCAAUGUCUCCUACUCCUGUAACUGCCACAAGCGCAUCACAAGCGCCUUUAAAUGAUAAAGCAGCUUUAUCGUUAUGGUUAAAAAGGCAGGGUUCUGGUACCACAAAGAAACCACCAGCGUUUUUGAAAGAUUUGAGGAUACACAGACACUCAUUAACGUAUAGAGGCGCUAUGCUUAACAUUAACCGGUAUAGGUUAAGGGCUUCGUCAUGUCCUAAUAUAUUUAGAAACUCUAUGACCACCAUUGCUAAAGAAAAGCUGCAGUGGUACGCUGGUCUCUGGGACUUUUGGGACCUCGUUGUGGACGUCCUGGACUUCUCUCACUUUCUAAACCCGGCGUUCCUUGUGUUUGCGAUCUCCAAUUUCCUUCUCUACAUGUGGUAUGAUGUGCCGUACGUGUAUAUGGCAGAUAACGGGCAAAGCAUGGGUUUCAACGCGUCGCAGUCCGCCAUGCUGAUCUCUAUCAUCGGUAUCCUCAAUAUGUUUGGCGAAAUCUUGCUUGGCUGGGUUGGCGACUGGAAGUGCGUGAAUCCAAGCAUAGUAUACGCUACAUGUAUGGUCCUAUGUGGAGCUGUGACCCUCAUAAUGCCGCUACUGACCUCAUACUUAUCAAUGGCAGCGGCGUCAGGAGCGUUCGGAGCGUUUAUAGCAGCAAACUAUUCGUUAACCAGUAUUAUACUGGUGGAGCAAAUUACUCUUGAGAAAUUCACUAAUGCGUAUGGAUUGUUGCUGUUAAUACAGGGUGUCGCAAAUCUUGUAGGCCCAUCGUUAGCCGGCUGGGUGUUCGAUAUGAGAGGGUCGUACGAUCUCUCUUUUUAUUUAGCAGGUGUUUUCAUCGGCCUCUCGGGAUUGGUUCUUCUCGUCUUACCAGUGUACCGACAUGCGAGAAAACGACGUAAGCGACACACGCAAGCAAAUAUCAAUGGCGAUGUUAAAGCCAAUGGAAAACUUAUGGCAUAAGUUUGAGAAUUCGAAGUCUUAAAUUUAAAAUAAAAAUGUUACCAAAAUUAUUUGAGUCAGGAAUUUAUAAGCGUACUUAGCUUACAGCAUUAAUACGAAUGGUUGAACUAAUUUGUUUGAUCUGGAAAAACAAAGAUAUCGAAUGAUUCAAGAUGAUAUUCAGCAUGAGUUAUACGCUAUAUAAAUUUCUUGCUUUAUUCCAAGAGAUAGUUCAAGACAUAAUCUCCAUUUGAGGUUCGUCAAACUCUGAGCGGAAAGAAAAAAUCAUAGUUCUUGAAACUAGAUUUAGAAGACGUUCUGGAACCAAAUUUAUUUUAUCUUGCACUGUCAAAGACCUAUAUCUAGGGUUUUUCUAUGUCAAGAAAUUAUGUAUGCACGCAAUAUAACGAGAGUAGAAAACAAUUGAAAAAACAUUUGUACAUGACUCGUGAUUCAAAAGUCAUCUAGGAACUGCAUUUGCUGUUUCAAUAUUUCACUUAGCCAAAUAUUUUUUCAGUGGUUUUUUACAUCAAAGUGUAUCAACAUUUUACAUCAACAAAGAAAGUAUUUUUACAAAGAAAACAUGAUUAUAAUUGUCGCCAUUUUGACGCUAUAACGAAAUGUGAAAUCUAAUUAAAAUAGAUGUAAGAAGUUUGUUAUUAUAAGAUUAUUAUGGUUCAAAUAUUUAAUAUAUCAAUAGUUUUAAAAUUUACUAAUCAAAUCUCUUUACUUAUUA